AUGUCGUUGGCACGGAACGGAUUCAUCGGAUUGCUCUCGUCGCUCGCCUACGUUCGGAUACUCAAAUUUUUUCAUCUUCAGCCUAUUUUGGCGAGUUUUCCCUUCAAACUCAUUAGUCUCAACUUUUUUCAGAUAUUUUCCACAUUAUUCACCCUCUUAUUAUUUUCCUACGUUAUUUAUGAAAUAUAUUGGAAGCGACGGAAGUUGCCAAGUGGGCCUUGUCCCUGGCUUGUGGCCGGAAAUAUGCCUUCUUUCGUCGUAGGUUCGUUUUUAUAAACCAUUUAAAAGAUGACUAGAAGAUAAACUUUCAGCAAAAAGUGUCGACCAAACUAUUCGUCGAGUGGAAACAAAAGUACGGAGGAAUUUUCACCGUUUGGAUUGGGCCGAUACCCUUGAUAAUGGUAAGAAAAUAUGUCUUACCCUUAAAAUUGCAUCACUUUUUCAUUUAACGACUGUAAAUUGAAGUUUUCUUCUUCCUGGACCCGAAUUUGUGCCAAUUUUUCCAGGUGGCGGACCUUGCGACGAUUAAAAAGUACUUCAUCCAACACGCCGACACGUUUUCCAACCGCUGGCGAAACUUCGUCACGGAUUCGAUAAUGAGUUUGUCCAUCUUCAUUUUUUUUUUCCCUGCGUCGGUUUUUGCGAAAUCCGUGUGAAAUACUCCAUUCAAUCGGCCUAAUUGUUCCGUCAGGGGGUCGAAUAAUUGCAAUUUCCUCUUUAAAGUUGGGGAGAGAAGUUUUUUUUUAGUUCCUCUUGAAACUAGUCCGAAAAGCUGAAGAAGAUUAUGAAAAAAUUGACUUUAAAUACCCAAAUCGACGCAGAAAUUCACGUGAGUUUACAAAAAAGGUUCCUAAAAAUAGCAAUCGAAGCACGUCAAUUUUCUUGCAAUUUUGCAAGAGCCCUGUCGCCAAAAUUUUCUUCAAGAGCCUUAGAAGGGUGUUGUGAUCCUACCAGGCUGUGCGACAGGCUGCCUGGGCCAAGUCGGGCUAGCCCGGGCUUUGAGCUUCUUUUUGUGAAGAGUCCUGCGCGGUCUUGGUCAAGACAAGACUUCAAAUACAGUUUUUGAAUUUAAUCAAAAAAUUUCCCAUUUUCAAAACUUCACAAAAGCCUGUUUUACUAGUUGAAUCAUAACUUAUGUUGCAUCUCAAAGGAAAAAAAAGAGCGAAAACGUGAUAUUCUUCGUAAAAAAGUCUGCUAUUUGACGUUGAGAAAAUGUGUGCUUUAUGGGCCGGACCGGCCGUUUUUGAGUCCUCGCUAAGGCCGGGCCGGCCUGGGAGCUGAUAGGCUGUCGAGCCGGUCCUCGCAUAAGCCUGAAUCCAACAAAAAUAAACAAAAAAGAGCCGUUUCCAAAUAAGAAACUUUAGAAGGCGCCAACGGGGUCGUCCAAAUCGACGGCGAAAAAUGGAGGGAACAACGACGGUUCGCCCUUCACACUUUGAGAGACUUUGGAGUUGGAAAACCGCUGAUGGAAGACAAAAUAAUGCUUGAGGUAAGGCUUCCCCGGCUAAUUUUCAUUACAGAAAGUGGAGUUACAGGUGGAAGCAAUCGUGGACCAUUUGGAAGCCAACCCAGGUUCUGAAUUGAACAUCUGCAGUCCGAUAGCAAUUUGCGUCGGCAAUAUUAUUAACAAUAUGCUUUUUGGCGUUCGAUUCGCGCAGGUAGUUUUUUGAAUUUCAAAAAUCCUUUUCUGUUAGGCUUAGGGGGGGCGGGGGGGUUUCAAGAAACGCUACGAAUUUCCUCUGAAAGUCUGAGAGAAGCCUUCAAGAUACUCUUAUAGUCUGUGUGCCACGACUUGAAAUUUCACAGAACGACAUUCCGCUGUUCCGCUGCGUGCGUUCGCGAAGCGUCUUUCGAGUCUAGGUCAUGCUGAUAGGUCAUUGAUUGUUAUUGCUGUGGGAGCACAUGAAAGUAGAGUACCUUGAUAAAGGUUCGCAAAGGCGCGCAGCGGCACAGCGGAAUGUCGUUUAGCCAAAUUCCAAGCCGCGGUACACAUGCUAUACUAGUUAAUAUGAAAACAAAAAAAAAAUUAAUAAAUAAAUAAAGACCUAGAGAAACCUUUCAGGGAGACGAAAAGAUGAAGAACCUUCACAUUUUGCUGGACCGACAAUCACACAUCGUCAUGAAAUCGAUCAUGGGUCUGUACAUAGCAGCUCCAGUCACCACCAAGAUCCCGAUCCUCAACUCGAAAUGGAACGAGCUCAUGGGAAUUCGCGACCAACUCUGUUCUUUUCUCCAAGAACAAAUCGACGUGAAUUGCAGUUCCUUUUCGAAUAUCAACAGAAAAAACUAGGAGCACGAGAAACGUUGGGAGGAAGGUUUCCGCGACGAGGAAGAUCUGACGUUCGCCUACAUGGCCGAAGUGGACAAACGAAGGCAUUCCGGUGAAGACGUCGGUCAUUUCGAGUGAGUUUUUGGGUCAGCUGGUAGGGCAUUUUCCAACAACGGGGUGAUUGGUUCGAGCUUGUCUAGGGCUUUUCAAGAAUUUUGAUCUUCAUAACAUACAUAAAAGACUAAAAAGGACUUUUCACACAACUUUCUGCAGUAGUUCUUGUUUCUCAGCGAGUACGCUUUUCGUCCAUAAAUCGAGACCGGAGUAGGUUGAAAAUCCUAGAAUAAAUCGAUUUAUUCUCAACUUUCCAUGGGGAACUUUCAAAUAACUAAUGGUUUCAGCAAGCUACAGCUGCAGAUGCUCCUGCUCGACUUAUUCUUCGCCGGAAUGGAAACGACCGUCACCACACUCAAAUGGGCUUUCCUGCUGAUUGCUCGCAAUCGCGAAGUUCAACGACGAGUCCAGCGUGAGCUCGACUCCUUGGGCUCUUCGCGGAUGACUUUGUCCCACAGGACCCAACUUCCCUACACCCAAGCAACCAUUAAUGUCAGUCCGACUAGAAAUUCCGGCCCAACAGGCUUAAGUUCAGGAAAUCCAAAGGAUGGCCAACAUCCUGCCAAUCAACCUUCUGCGAACCGUUGCAGAAGACGUCGAAAUCGACGGCUAUCAGCUCAAAAAGGGCUGCCUCAUUAUCCCACAGAUCUCAAUUCUCAUGAACGAUCCCGAUCUCUUUGAAAACCCUGAUCAAUUCCAGCCAGAAAGGUUCCUCGACGAACACAAUAAUGUAAAAAAGUACGUACUUCGAAGCUUGAUUUUUUAAGAAAAAUAAUCUUCAGAAUCGACCACUUUAUGCCGUUUUCCAUUGGCAGAAGACAAUGUCUCGGCGAAUCGUUGGCUCGCGCAGAACUUUUCCUCAUUUUCGCCAACAUUUUGCAGAAAUUCGAGAUCAGCGUCUCAGAAGACGUCAAGAUCGAGGUGGAAUCAAACUUUUUUGAAAACUAAAUAGAUUUUUCAGCGAGUCCUUGGCUUAACAGUUUCGCCGGCACCUUACAAGUGCAUCUUGACACGAAGAAAGUUCGAUGAGAAUCAAAACUUACUAUGAUAAUAAUAUUUUUCAAAUAAAUACUUCGAUAUUGAAAACAGGGAAAAAAAUCUGCAAGUUCAAAACAUAGGCAAAGUCGGAAGGAGGCUAUACGGGCUCUUUGAGCGUCCGUUAUGGAUCAAAAGGCUUCCAUUAAUUGUUCCUAAACGGGUAGCAACGGUUUCUUUUCAACAGCCUUUUUUCCGUCCUUUCAUCGGCCUCCAUCCACCCUUUUUGGAUCCUUUUCAGAAACAUAAAACUUUUUAAAUUGAGAAAAUCUCUACCAGUGACUGUAUAAUCAUCAACGGCCGAGACUUCCAGCCCCCUUUUUUGGACCGUUUGACUCGAGCGAAGAAGAUGAUUUUUUUUUGCGGUCCUUCUCUUUUUACCUCAAAACUUACCAACUUAUUGACACAUUUUGAGCUACUUAAAGCAAGAAAUCAAACAAUUUAAUGAUAAAAGUGAUAAGUGGGCAAAACGGCCAAAUUUAACUAUUUUUUCAGAAAUGACAGAUUUUCGAUAAGUUAGGCAACGUUUUUGAUGAUUUUUUGCAGUAAAAUAGUCAAAAGGUGUUAAAAAUUGCAAAUGAGCAAGACGGCAGUCCAGAGACAUUUUUACAUAUUAUUCAUAGCAAGUUUUUUUUUUCUCGAACAGUCUGGUCCUUCUGUGCUCUUGAUCAACUCCAUCUUCUUCUUUUUUUUUUCUGAUUCUACAAUACUCGGUCUCAAUUACAACGCAUUGUAUCUUGUCCUCGCUCGGAGGGGCCGUAAUAUUCAUGUCAUAAAGCUGCCGGUCGUGUGGCGCAAAAACCGUGGCGAGUCCAUCGGCGGAGGGGUUGAUUUAAAGAGGGACGUCUGGCGGAGUUGCAUCGACGCCUCACCUUUCGGGCCGCGCAAAUCCAAGCACCUCGGCGGCAGCUUCAGCCGCAUCGGAUGUCUCACCUUUGCCUGUGCCGCCGACCCAACAAGUUUAAGACUAGUCCACAGCUUUUUAUGUAUACUUUAUUUCACACGAAGAAAAAUUUGCAGACAGAGAAUUAUCCGAGAUUUGACAACAAAAAAAGUUGACAGAAACUAUAUAAAGAUUUUUUAUCUGGUGACUCAAUGUGCUUUCUCGAUCUAUCAAUUAAGUCAAUUAAGCUGGUCUUUUUAUAUCUGGUCUUACCUUUGGUUGAUUUUUGAAUAAAAUUCCGCUCAUGGAUCAUUUUCUGAUUGUACAAUUUCAGUUUACGACCUUUAUUACUUUCGAUUUUUUUAUUUUCGAAAGAAAAACCAACAUCUUUUUAAAAUAAACAUUAUCGGUGAUGUUGUUCAAAAAAAUGCUUUUCAAUAUUUUUUUCGGAAAUUUUUUGAAACUUGAGUUAAAAAAAUUCAGUUGUUUGAUAAAUUUUGGAGAUUGUCAAAUGUUGAGAAAAAUGUCUAUUUUUUUCGGUUCAAAAAAAUUGUGAGAAAAAAAUUCAAAAACGAGUAAAAUUUAAAGAAGGUUUUUAUUUCGAAGAAAUCAAACGUAAAAAAAGGGCGGAAACUGAGAAAAAAUUUUUAUUUUUCAAAAACUUAUUAAUAGACUUUUUCAAGACAAAUCUUUGAAUUGAAAGCCGUAUAAUUGGACGUUCACGGAGCUUUAAUUCGAAAGAGUAAACGAGUUUAAAGCAAAUACUUGGAGUUUUUUGACGAAAAUGAGAAUCUUGUAAGAUGGAGAUGUUAAAUAAACGUAAAAUGAAAAGAUUUACAUCACGAAAAUUUGUUCACAGCCUCGAUUCCCCGUUGCGUAAACGUCCAUGGCUUCUGAUCAAAAUUUCUGAAACUCGAAGAAAAUCGCGAAGCCGAGUUGAAAGAGACAAUGGACGGCCUGACGAAACGACGGAAGAAGAAGAAGCUCGAUGUAAUUUUCGGGUUGUAAAGGAGAUUGGAAGCGAUUGAUAGCCGGAGCAGAUACCGUAGGACCAGUCGAAGGGAGUGGCAAGAGGGGACAGACGGGCAGACGAAACAGGGCCGACUUAGGGUGGGAGGAAGGAAGAAAUGGAGAAGACGACAGUUGCCACUCCGGCUCCUUGCUUGCUCCUCGCGCCUGCUACCUACAACUGACUCCCGGCGGAAUCAUCAAAAAAAAACUGAAUAAUCGAUUCCGACCAACGAUUUUCUCUUUUUGGGGAUCGGUUUGGGUAGCAGGGAACAUUCCAAUGUUCAUUUUUUCCCGCAUACAUGGAUUUUUUCGAAGAACGCCUCCAAAGUCUUUUCAAAUUAAAGUCAGAAGCAUCACAUAAUUGAUUACGUUAAAAUUUUAUUAUUCAUUUCAUCAAAAUUUUUGAAAGUCCCUCUCCCGGAUUUAUUGACUUCUCUACUUGCUCUUAUGUUUUUCUGGUGAAUCAUCAAUUUUCUUGUAUUCCCUCAUUUUUCCAUCAGCUUCCUCCUCCGAUAAACUCAUUCUCCUAUUUCCUUAACAUAUCGACUAUUUUUUCCUUGGAAACAAGUCUUUUCAUUUACGGUUCAGACGAAAACAUCAGAACAAGUCCAAAAAAGUUUUUCAUGAAAGAUCAGAGCCAAUUUAUGUGAAAUCUCCUUUUUUUUAAAUCUCGCUUUGAGAGAUGCAAAAAUGAUCCAAUUGAAAAUUUUAUUCAAAUUCGAAAGUUCUUCACUUCAGAAAAAUUUACUUUCUAUUCUAUUAAUGUCUGAAAAAUAUUUCUUGAUUACAUUUACUCAAAAUAAAUCUGCUGUUGGAAAAAUCUAUUUAAAAAAAUCGACCAUUGUGGAAAAAAAUUCAUCAAAUUAUGAAAUUUAUUGUAAUUUCAAAAAUGCUCAUCGUAGUAAAAAAAUUCAGUUUUUCUAACAGAGUUAUUGAUUCCAAGUUUGGAAAAAAACGUUUUGAAAUUCGGAAAAACCGAUCCAGGUCAAUAAAUUUAGAUUAAAAAUUUUUUUAAGCUCAUAUAGAAAAAAAUGAUAUUUGUCGAAUGAACUAUUUUUAUGACUAAAAGCCAUAAAUGGAAAAUCUGUUAGCCUACUACACUUUCUACCUAUAUGAAAAAAAGCUUUUUUUGAAUAUUAUUUUUCAAGAAAGUGAAUUUUUUUAAAGACAGAGAUUUUUCGUUGCAAAUACUUUUCACAGAUUCUCUAGAAUUUUCUCUUCUUGCUUCAUUCAGAGAAAAAAAUCAGAUAAACUUUUUUUUGGAACAUGAUCUCUGUAUUAUAAAGAAUUCCUCUCAUUUACAAAAUUGGCCAGUCUUCUUUUUUUAUUUGUGUGGUAAGAAUAGUUGGCCGAUUUUAGAACUGAAGUGGAGAUGAACCAAGAGCCGCACACCCAGCAGGACCCUCAGCAGAACUGUGCGACCUACGACGCCGCUUUGUACUACUCGCAGAGUCCGAGGAUUCUGGCCUCAUCGACGGACAUCACGACGUUGACCCCUUUCGCCGCCUCUGCCCAGCCGCCUCUCGACUACGCCAUCGGUGGCUACGACGUCUACAGGUUGUUCUGAACAUGCCAAUGUCCGAUAGGAAAGUGGAGAAAACCGCGAGAAACACGAGGUAGAUACUUGAUAGAAAAAAGACAAAAAAAUUCAUGAAAAUAGAAAAAAAAAAAUCGAUUUAUCUCAUCUUCACGGACGUGAGAAUGUACAGAACUCAAUAAAUCUGCAAGGAACGGUAAAAUUAGAAAUAUUUUGGAAAGGAACUCAUAUUUUUAAUCUCAGGUAGAUAUUGAUGACAGAAAUAAACUUAGGUUUUUAACUCAGGAGGUAGUACUGAUUUUUACUUGUUAGGGAGAUCCGAGGUAAGAUGUUGUUUAAAAUGUUUUGUGAGGUAUUCAAAUGCUUAGUUUGACCCUAAGUCCUAGAGAAGACUCGAAAGCUCUAAAAGCUCUCUUCUAGGCAUAACCAACCAAAAAACCUACACCUUUCAUUUUUCAAAAGCGACCUCAAGUUGGCUCCGCAUUCCCAAAGCGCAUACGCGGAAUUUAUGUUUACGGCGAGGCUGGAUUUGACAUGGUCAUUUGGAAAUAAACUACAAGGCAGCAUGUGGGCCCGAUUUGUCGCGUCCGCGAACACAUAAAUCUACGUGGAGGCUGGCAACUUGCCGACAACUUCUCACUGACCACUUCGCCCUUGGACAAAAAAAAAACGGUUCAAAUACCGCUCACUGAGAAUUUUUUUAAAGCUCAAUAAGAAAAAGCUUAUUGGCGGCAUUUUUUUGAAAAAAAUUGAUUUUUUUCAUAAUAGGACGAAAAAAAGCCAAUUAAAAACAAAAAAAUGAGAAUUAUUUCUAUCAAAUUUUUAUGGCUUUUUCGAAUUCUCAACAAGAUAUAAAUUGUUCGCUGCUAAUCAGAAAAAAUUAUCUGACAGGUUGAGCUGAUUUUCGUGCUAAAGUAGAGUCAUGAAAAUGAAAAAGAGAAAGCAAACCCUCUUAUUCCUAUAUAAACGAUCAUCUCCAGGUCAGGAAUGAUAUUAUAAUAAUAUAAUUGAUUUUCAGAAAUAAUAAAAUAUGAUUCGAUUUUUCGAAAAGAAAAAAAUGGAUAACGCCUUUUUCAAAAAUAAUUUAACUCAACAGCAAAAAUUCGUUGUGUUUCUUCGACGUGAAUCAUUUCAAGUUAACAAGAGAUAUAAAAAAACGUUUUUACCAGGAAAUAAAAAAAUUUGAAAAAUUACAAAAAUAAUCCAUCGAUUUGUUUAGUUAAUAUUUAAAAAUAAAAAAAGAAGAAAAAAAGAUCGGAAGUAGGAUGUCUGCCAAACAGAGCAUACCAAAACAUUUUCGAACACUUUUUUUGACGUUUUCCUGAAACUUUUCAAGUCUAUCAUGCUUCUGGUGUAGUUUAAUUACAGAAAACUCAAGAAAGAACGCAAAAAUUUAAGUUUUGAAGAGUUUUCGUCUUGACUUAUUUGAGACCUCGAAAAAUACUGAUUGUUGAUUUUUCUUCUUUUUUCCAAUAUUUGUCCAUAACAGAAGCAAGAUCAGAACCAAGAUUUCACGAAAGGCUUGAGGACAUUUCAACGCAAGACUGUUUUUAAUGUUAAGAAAUGCUGCGUGCCGCAAAGAUCAGAAAAAAAUAAAUAAUGAUAAUGACUAGCAGAAGCCGUAGGCGAGGAGCAUGGCGCGUGUGUGCGUGUGUGGGAAACAAGUUGAAAUGAAGGUGGGACACCAAGGACACCACCUGAUAUAGCAGUUGCGGCGCCAUCGGUGCACGCCUGUGCCUACAGCUGACAUUCCGGACCGGCCAACUGCGCCACGGCAUAUGUUGGGCCCCGUUUCACAGUGUCCAAGAUCAAGCUUUCAAAACUAGCCUCAUGCAAAAAAAGCCCUUUUCUCGGACCCCCUUCAAACCGCCAGGAGUAAUUGCAAUUACAGUACACCUUGUGGAUGCUCGUUGGAGCACGGUUGACGGAUGAGUUGGGUUGAGCGAGGCUCGAGCAGCUGCUCACCCUCAUUCCCUCAAAACAUUAAAACGCGUUUAAAAUAGACGCAAGGGGUAGAAGAAAUCUGAGAGAAGAAAAACUUCUGAAACCAGCGAGCCUUGAUCAAAAAAACGUAUGAAAAAAAUUUUGAAAAAGUUCAAAAAUGUUUCAAUAUUCGAUCUCAGAGCUCCAUCAACAUUCUACUAUCCAUCCUACGGACAAGCGGCCACUUCAACGCCUUUUUACCCCGAAUUAGCUCCGUUCAACGUGCGCGGCAACGAAUUCCCGACAAACGGCGUACCUGAGCCCAAAGAGAUCAAAACUGAGAAAGAAGGUCGCAAGAGGAGGUUAGAUCCAUGAAACAGGGACAAUUUUCAGACCAUAUUGUCAGGAAUGAAGACCCGGCUAGUCAAGCACCAGAAGCACCAGCCACGACUACCAAUCCACCAAGAAGGAGCAAGUGUGAGUUAUUUCAAAGACCCUUUGAUCCAAACUCUUUGCUGCAAGCAAACGAAAGUCUCAUCUGACCGGACAAAAUUCUAGAAACGGUUCAAGCUUGAACUUAAAACUCAAUUCAUGUUCAAGCCAUAUUUUUUGCUGAUUUCCAAUUCAGUGGACCGACGUAAGGCGGCAACGAUGCGCGAGCGCCGAAGACUGAGAAAAGGUCAACGAAGCCUUCGAAGUGGUAAAACAAAGAACGUGUCCCAACCCAAACCAGAGACUACCAAAGGUUGGAAAAAAAUUCAUUUUAUGAAAUCUCAUUCAUUUCAGGUUGAAAUCCUGCGGUCAGCCAUCGAAUACAUCAACAAACUGGAAGGAAUGCUUCAACAAGAGGGGAAAAUGACCAAGAUUAUGAUUCAAAAUCAAGCUCUCGGCAUGCAAAUUGGUUCGAAUCCGCUGGACUACAUGGUCAGUUGGACUUAAAAAAAUUAGCGUAAUUUCAAAUAGAGAUAAAUAUGCAGGCGGCGACGUCGCAAUUCCCCACGGGAAGUUACGACGGCGUCUUCGACGACGACGAUUUGUCGGACAGCGAAUGCGACGAGCCGAGUUCGCCGGCGCCGCACACCACCGGUGAGGAUAGUCUUCGCCGGAAGUUAGUUGGUCGAUGAUGAAACCACGGAACUUUUUCGGAUUUGGGUCUUGUCAGGACCUCAUCUUACGAGGGAAUUCCAAAUGAACCCAGCUUGAGUAUUCGAUGUAACUUCCUGUACGCAGAGCGUAGAUAAAAAUUCUCGACUUUCGCCUUUGAGCCGAGUUUUGGCGCCUUAAAGUUGGUAAUUCUUGCAAUCAAAAUCAUUUUUGGCAUAUGGCCACCAUAACGCAGCUCAAAAGCGAAAUCGAGAAUUUUAUUUUAUUCUUAGGCUACAGAAGAUCUCAAAUGUUGAUUGAGUUCUCAGGCUGGUUCUUUUUGAAGUUUCCUUGUUAGAAGCUGAUGAUCGUACGUGAAAUACUUAGAACGACUGGAAACCUCGAAGAGUAUCUUAGAGCGGAAUUUCAUCAGAUUAGCUUCAAAAUAAUUUUUGUGCUCAUAAAUUUCCGUUUUAUUUAAAAAAAGAAUUCGAGGAGGAAAAUCCUUGUUUGUGAAGGAAAUUGGCGACACGUCAUGGAAAGCAAACGGAGAAAAAAAUUUUUUUGAAAAAUUUAUUUCGAAAAAUAAUUUUUUUUGAUAUGAACUACCAACUACAAAGCUGAUUUACAACCGGCCAACCUGAAUAAUUAUUUUUUUAGACCGAAAACGCGAUUGGAAAGGCCAUUGAAAAUUCCAAAAAAAUUUCACGUACGAUCACGGAUUUCUUAGGUGAAGUGAAGAAUUACCGCGAAAAAAAAAAUUCAAAUCUAGUGAUUAUUCCUUUUAGUAAAUCACGAUGAAUUUUCUCGCUUCUAGAAAAAAAAAAUACUAUUUUUCUUUCAAGCUCAGUUCAUCGAUUUUUCCAUAAAAGUUUACACCAAUUUCAAAACUACAAAAAAUUAUUUUCAAACUUGAAUAAACCCAUUAAAUUGACUCACCAGUCGAGCGUUUCGAAUCGAAAUCCAUUGAUCAUUUUGGAACUCCGAGGCUUUACUUGUCGAAAAAGCUCUUUUUAGCCGGAUAAAAGCCGAAAUAAAAGAUUAGAGACACUAAGUACGGGCCCAAAUUGUAAAGUAACACAAAUGAAAAUUCUCUCCAUCACGAUUUCACAAUCAACUUUAGAAGAAAAAUUAAAUUCCUGACACGACCCAUUUCCUAGAACUCUCAAAGAAUCGGUACUCAAGAAACUAUAAAAUCAUCUUGCAGUCGACGCCCCAAAGCGAAAUUCUCUAGACAGGCUGACGAGAAUCGUGGAAAAUAUUCGUGGGUCCCUUUUUUUUCUCUUUUAUUCUCAGUUUUUUUUUAGAAAAGAUCCUUCUUUUCAAAUUUCUUAAUAUUCAACUGAAACAUUCAAUUUUCAGCGGGCGAAAGCGAAAUAGCAAUACCCGAAGAGAAAAAAACGAAGCGCCUGAUUCUACGGAAAAGAAACUUGCUCAACUUUAACUGA